CCGCUCACGAGAUCUACCCUGGCCUCGGAAGACUCUCCCCGUUCAGACGAAUGGCUCUCGAUGCUGAAGAAGAAAUGGGCAGUCUAUCUUAAUGAAGCUGCAUGCCAAAGUCUAAUGCCAAAUCAUUCAGAAGUUCAGAGAAUUCACAGCCUAGCUGUAGCUGCAUAUGCGCUUGUUUGAGAAAGUUAGCAUCCAGGAGAAGGUAGACGUCAUAAUUUCUGAAUGGAUGGGAUAUAUGCUUCUGUAUGAGAGCAUGCUGAGCAGUGUGAUUUUUGCAAGGGAUAAUUUGCUCAAACGAGGGUUGAUCCUUCCUUCUCAUGCAACACUGUAUAUGGUUCCUGUUACUCGCAGUGAAAGAUACUGUGACAGCAGUUUCUGGCGUGAUGUCUAUGGAAUUGAUAUGUCUGUAAUGAUCCCACUUGCAAAACAGUCUGCGUUUGAAGAGCCUUUUAUUUAGACAAUUUCAGCUGAGAAUGUCCUGACAUGGCCAUUCGUUGUUAAGUUUGUAGAUUGCUACACAGUCACAACUCGUGAGCUUGAAUCUAUCACUACAAAGUAUAAUUUGACGUCUAUGUUGCGAGCUCCUCUCCAUGAAUUUGCUUUCUGGUUCGAUGCUGAGUUCAAUGGUCCUUCAACUUUCCCUGCCAACAAAAAAGCCAAAUCUGAUCAAGUGCUUGUGCUUUCCACUGCACCAGAGGAUGAACCAACUCAUUGGCAACAGACCAUACUAUACUUAAAUGAACUGAUAGAGGUCAUACAAGAUCAAACAAUUGAAGGUUCCAUUACUCUCUCUCAAAGUAGGGAGAACCCACGCUUCCUGAAUAUUCACCUUGAGUACAUGUAAUGGGAUUCGCUUAUGAACAUUGAGAUUA